CCGUCGAGUCGGUGGGCGCCGAGAACCAAUGAGCCGCCCGGAGGCGAGGCCCCUCCAAUGAGAGCGGGGCGGGGGGCGGGCCUUGCGUCGCCGCCGGGCAGAGCUACGGGUACCGGGUGGAGCUAGCGGCCGGGAUGUGUCUCAUCCUGGGGCCCACGGGCGUCGGGAAGACGCUGUUGGUGAAACGACUGCAGGAGCUGAGCUCCCGGGAUGGGAAGGGACACCUGGGCGAUCCUCCCCCGACGCGGCCCACGGUGGGCACUAACCUUACUGACAUCGUGGUCCAGAGAAAGAUCACCAUCCGGGAGCUAGGGGGUUGCAUGGGCCCCAUCUGGUCCAGUUACUAUGGAAACUGCCAUUCUCUCCUGUUCAUGAUGGAUGCCUCUAACCCCACCCAGCUGUCUGCAUCCUGUGUGCAACUCUUGGGUCUUCUAUCUGCAGAACAACUUGCAGAAGCAUCGGUUCUGAUACUCUUCAAUAAAAUUGACCUGCCCUGUUAUAUGACCAUAGAGGAGAUGCAGUCAUUAAUCAGGCUCCCGGACAUCAUUGCUUGCGCCAAGCAGAACAUCACCACAGCAGAAAUCAGUGCCUUGAGAGGCACUGGCUUGUCAGAGGUGCUGCGCUGGCUCCAGGACACCCACAGAACCCACAGCUGACUACAGGGUGGAGGAAUGUGGCUGUCCUGCUCUGUGGCGAGGAGGCAGAGCACAGCACUGCUUGGCCUCUGGCGGUUUAUUCUUGCGGGGGCGGGAUGGCUGAAUGUGAGCUGUAGAAGAUAGGCUUGUGUGCUGAGCUGAGUGAUGGAUAAAUGGAGUCAUCUAGGUUACAGAAACUCCUGACAUCUUGCCUCUGUCCCCAGGGCUGGAAGAGGACAGGCCUGGUGGGUAGCUGGUGUCCUGCUGCUACUGGGUUUUGUUCCCCUCCCACCAGGAAACCCCCUCCUCUUUCCCCAAGGUGUUUAGACUCCAAGCACCACAGACCUCUUUCUACUGUGGUACAAGCUGUAGCCUGUGGCGGUCUGAUACACUGAUGGUGUGACCCCUGCUGGAUGAAGCCAGUGUCACAGGAAGAACCAAGCCUAGAAUCAGAAACCAGAGAAGCAUUUCAUUGGUUCAUUUGUUACGUGAACACUCAUUGCCCCGAGAAGCCAGGAGGAUGUGGGGUUCCUGCAGGUAGGCGAGGGCUGGGAGAGGCUCCAGUGGAGCAUGGGAGGUGCUGCCGGCGAGCUCAUCACCAGGCCCUCAGGGCCAAGGCUCCCAUGUCCCGCUCGUGUCCUUUCACAGCUGGGGGAGCUUUCUGGAGAACACGUAUCGAUUGGUAUAUUCGUGUCCUAAGGCCUCUGUAACAAAUUACUAGCAACUGGUGGCUUAAAGCAAUGGAAACUUAUGCUCACAGCUCUGGAGGCCAGAAGUCCAAAAUCAAGGUGUCCACAGCCUCCUUGUGGAGGCCCUGAGGGAGAAUGGAUUCUAGCUGCUGGUAGUUUUUGGCGUUCCUUGGCUUGCAGCUUGCAGACCUUGAAUCUCUGCCUCUGUCUUUGUGUGGCUGCCCAUUUUUUUCUUAUGGGGACACCUAUGAUUGGAUUUAGGGCGCUUCUUAAGAGUAAACUGGUGUGUCCCCCAGAGUAGAGGUGGCUCACCCUAACAGUGGCGGGGACGCCCCCGACCCCUGUCUUUGGGGUCCUCCGCUGCUCUUGGGGGUCUGUUCUGGGUCCAAGCACCCUGUGUGUUGGAGCACUACACUCUCCCAUGGCCUAGCCACCCCACCCCCGGGAGCUAAAUUCAGUUCCUGAAUCUGGGAACUGACACUGCUGAGGGUGCCACUCUUCUCAAAGGACGUCUCUGCCUGUGGAUUCUUGUCAGCAUGCUUUCAUAGCAUCUGGAUAAGAACUUUCUUUAAGGGUUUGGGUUUCCCAUCAAAUCCAACACUAGGAUAACAAAGGAUAGCAUUGUGCAGCAGUGUAAUGAAAAGUAUGACAUUGUACAUAUGUUUAAAUGUGACUAGUCUGGAAAAACACUUGGCUCUGAGAGAAUCCACACGCAGGGUGUUGCGAGGCCUGUGUGUACAAGUAAGAUGGCCAGUCUGGGAUCACUGGUUUUGCCCCCACCCCCCCAAUUUUGUGCAGAUUGUUUUCCCUUUAUACAGAGAGAAACCAGCUCAGCCCUGUGGGAGGUUGGAACACACAGGAAGCUCCAUCUUUGGUCUUCAUCUCUUAAACGUCCACUUUGAGCUGAUGUACAUCCACAUCUCCUAAAGAUCCUAGGAACGAAGGGUAGGUGAGAGGUGGAAGGAUGCUGAGACGGGAGCUCCCCGAAUCGGAGCCUGGGCAGAACCCCCUCAACUGUGCUUUUUCAGUGUGAAUAAGGUGACCAGUCUGGGAUGGCUGGUUUUGCUCCCCCCACCCCCUAUUUUGCGCAGAGUCAGUUUGUGUGACUGCACAUCCCGGGCUAGGAAGGAACAGCAGCUCAGGCUUUGCUCUAUGUAGCUGUGGCCCAGCCAGAGCCCCGUCUGCCUCAGGAGCUCCCUCCGUCCCUGGAUGCUGUCGCUUCGCCCAGUUUCCGGGGGCACGAGGGGAACCUCCUGAGAAUGCAGAUGCCAGGGAGGGAGGAGGGGUGACCAGGAUCUAAACAAAGAAGGGGUGGCAGAGAAGCAGCUCCCACGAGGCAGGGUGGUGAAGGAGGGUUGACUGGAGGGGCUCCAUUCCCACACUGGCAGAAUGUGGAUGCAGGUACCUCUCUCCAGUGGGAGGGAAAGCAGCACAGCCUGCAGUGUGGGCUUAGUGGGCAGGCCAGCAGUGGGGCACAGGAGAGGCCAUCAUGGGCCAGCUGCUUUGUCAAUACGAGUGGAGCCAUCUGUCCUCAGAGCCCGGCACUGGGCGCUUGCAGGGAGGAUGUGGAAGGGCCAGACUGCCCUUAUCCUCCAGGUUCGCUCCUCCCAGUGACACGGAGCAAAGCAGAGGCCUGGUCUAAAAUGCUGCGGCAGAGCAUAGUCAAAGGCUGACAGUGCUAGGGUGCAGAGGGAAGCCCGUGCCUGCCACUGGGGACAGGUGGCUGGUCACCAGGGCAAAAGGAGAGGGCCCAGGAGGAGGACCGGAAGUAUGGGGUGUGAUGGUGUGACUGUGGGGCUGUCUACAUCUGAGUGGGUGCAUGUGUACACAGAUGUGCAUGUGUGUGUCCAGAUGAUGGGGGUUUGUGCACGAGUGUACGUAGGUGAGUGUGCAUGUGUGAUUCUGUCUGGAAUGUGUGUGCAUGUGUAUGUCUGAGUGUACUUGGAGUGUAUGUGUGGCAGAUGUACUACGUGUGAUAAGAUGGUGCAUGUACAUGAGUGUUGAGUGUGAGCACAUGCGUGUGUUUGGAUAUGGUAUGUGCAUGUGUGGGUGUAUCUGAGGUAUGCAUGUAUGUGUGUGUGUGUUUAGGGGUGGUGUGUGGCACAGGGGUACCAGGAAAGCCAAGGCACGUCCUCCUAACAACUAAGCAUCCGGCGUCAGCUGACUGCAGAGACAACAUUCCCUGUUAACUGGGCGGCCAUAUGCUGUCUGCUCACCCAGCCCUGGCCCCUCCCCCACAGUCCCUGCAGAAAGUUUUUCCCUGUUUGAUUUUGCAUAUUCCCAUCCAGGAGCAAGGUACACCUCUCCUUUUAGACCAGGGUUGCUCAGCAUCAGCACUGCUGACAGUGUGGGCUGGAUCAUUCUGUUGUGGGACCGUCCUGUGUACCGUAGGAUAUUUAGCAGCAUCCCCGGCCUCCAUGCACUAGAUGCCGGAGCACCCAAAACGUCUCCAGACUGCCCCCUGGCAACAAGACUGCCUGUUAAGAACCUCUGUGUUCUGUAAAUCUUUCCUGUUCCCUGCUAGUUUGUAGUUUCCUUCAUCCAUGUUAACAUUUCUUGACAAAUUUACUUCUAUAUUAAAAAUUGUCACUAUUCUGAAUGAAA